UGUCAUGGCGGCGGCGCUGGCGCCCCCCGGGCCGGGAGUCGCUCUCGAUCUGGGGCUGGAGUCCGUCCUGCGGGAGGCCGUGGCGGCUCUGGACCGGGCUGGGGAGGGGUUGGUGGCGGCGCUGGGCGCGGUACGCGCCGCUCUGGCGGCAGCGGGCGGCCCAGCCGCGCUCGGGGAGCGGGAGCGGGCGCUGUUCGGCGCCCUCCUGCGCAGGCUGGCCCGGGCGCCUGGCGCGGCGCGGCCCCAGGGCCUGUGGCAGUGCUGUUUCCUGGAGGGCCCGCCCGGCCUUGUCCUCUGCGUGUUGCUGGAGGCGCUUGGCUCUGCGGGCUCUGGCCUCGACCCGAAGGAGGUAGUUGUGGUCCUGGAGCAGUUCCUGCAGCAGGGCCGGCUGUCAGCAUUGCUGUGGGAGGUCUGUCAGCCACAGGUACAGGCAGGCUGCCUGGAACUGCAGGGCACCCUGCUCAACAAGAUCGUCUAUUUGCCCGACCAUGUGAGCAAUAAACUCCUGGGGAAAAACCCACCAGUGUUCUUCCCACAGAACUACUUCCCUCUCCUGGGUGAUGCAGUUCUCCAGGUGCUAGAGAAGAUCUCUGACUCUCUGCGGGGUGGCUUGGACUGCUCCAUCUCUUUUGUUUCUCAUGUCUUGGGGAAGGUGUGUGUUCAUGGAUGGCAAAAGGAAAUUCUGGGAGUUUUGGUGCCCCGCCUGACAGACCUCACCAAGUCAGACUGCAUCUGGCAGAGGAUAUGCUGGCAGUUGGUGGAAUGUGUGCCAGACCGCUGGAUGGAAGCAGUGGUCCUUGGUUUUGUGCAGAGAGCACCUGGGGCAGAUGUCUUGUCCAGAUUGCUGGGUAACCUGGUUGUGAAGAACAAGAAGGCUGAGUUUGUGGUGGCGCAGAAGAUGCUGCUCUUGCAAUAUGGCCACACGACAGCAGUGCUGCAGAACCUCCUUGGCUACCUGGCCCUGGACAGCGGCCGGCGCCCCUUGCUGCUCAGGGUGCUGCAGGACCUGUUGGAGACCUGGAGCAGCAGCAGUGCUGUGAAACACUCGCCAGCUGAGCAGCAGCUGUACAUUAGCAAGGCCAUCCUCAUCUGCCUCUCCCACCUGAAGGAGCCUGAAAUUGCAAGCUGCAGACAAGAGCUUCUGACAAGCAUGAUGGAGGGUGUGAAAUGCCACUUGGAGAGCAGUCUGCCCCAGCUGAGGCGUCUGGGCAUGGUGGUGGCAGAGAGCAUCAGCUUGAGCAUAAACACCGAGGGGCCUGUCCUGAAGUUUGAGUAUGAAGAGGACGAUGAAACAAGAGAAUUGAAGUCCCUUCUGGUGCAGACUCCAUCAUUCUGUGUUGUCCCCAGCCUUCCAGAUAAUGACAGGAGUGAGAAAGCAGGCGCUGCACUGCCCUUGGUGCCAGAGAGGAAUGAGAACUCCUACACAGCAGCCCCAGUUAAGGCAGAUGAGGAGUCGGAUGCUGAACUUGACAGUGAUGAUGACCUCAUCCCUUAUGAUAUGUCUGAGGAUAAAGAGCUAAAACUUAAGGCUCCUAUGUAUAUCCGAGACUGUAUUGAAGUUCUGACUGGAUCAGGAUCUGAAGAUGUGGACAAAUGGGAAGCUACAGUCAAGGCACUUGAGAGCUUGGUUCGGAGGAAUCCAGCAGCAACAAGAGAGGUUAGCGUGGAGCUGGCAAAAAUAUUAUUGCAUCUGGAGGAGAAGACCUGCAUUGAAGGCUUUGUGGAGCUCCGUCAAAGAGCUCAAGUAGCUGUUUUAACCACAGACCCAAUACCUGUUGCAAAGUACUUGACCUCCCAGUUCUACUCUCUGAACUACAGUCUCCGUCAGCGCAUGGACAUCCUUGAUGUAUUGGUUUUGGCAGCUCAGGAACUGUCCUGUCCCAAAUUCCAUGGGAAGACCAAACAUUCUGGUGUCCAAAAGCCUUGUAUCCAGCUCCUUCCAGAAAGUGACAGCUCUAAGGGCUGGAGAAGAAUUGUUGAUGAGAGGAUCAAAAGCAAGACUCGGAGAUUUGUUACGGGUCAGUCUCAUGUGGAACUGGCUUCCUGCCCAAACGAGUUCAAUUCUGUUGCUGGAUAUUUCUUUUUCCCAUUGAUUCAGCACUUUGACAGGCCUUUAACAACAUUUGAUCUCCUGGGAGAAGAUCACUUAGUCCUUGGAAGGCUGGUCCACACUUUAGCAGUUUUGAUGUACUUGGCUGUCAACACCGUGGCAGUGACAGCAAUGGGAAAGGCUCUGCUGGAAUUUGUUUGGGCACUGCGUUUCCACACGGACUCGUAUGUGCGCCAGGGCCUUUUGUCCUGUAUCUCCUCCCUGCUCCUCAGUGUCCCUACGGAACGGAUUCUGGCAGACAUGACAGAAGAGCUGUUGGAGACUCAGUCCUGGCUGGGAGAUGUGAUGGAGAAAGACCCCGAUGGGGACUGCAGAAGGCUGGCCCUGCAAAACUUGCUGCUAAUGGAGAACCUGAAAAAGAAACUUGAAGCUGUUCCUUCCUAGCUGAAGGGUAGCGAUAAGCCUAAAGGAAUGCAGAGAUCACUGUCACAGAGAGCACUGCUACAGGGGCCCCAGCAAACCAUUUCUUGUACUUUGCACAUUAAAAGUGAAGUUCAUCAGCACACCUGGAGAACUUGCACUUGACACCCUCAUGUUUCAUCAGAGUACUGGACCUGUUCAGGGGGUGUCUGGCACAUCUGCCAUGAAGGAGCAAUUCACUGUUCCCUCAAAUAACUGCCAUUUUACAGUUUUUUCCUCUGGCCAGGUAGCAAACACGGUGUGGUGGCAUUGCUGAGGCGUGCACCAAGACUUGCCCUCUGUUAAGAUUCUACCACCAUUUACCCUCUGUGUCCUGUGAGCUUUCCUUUUCUCACAUAGAAUGAAAAAUAGAGGUAAAGUUCCUGAGCUGUGCCUCACCCUGCUGCAUAUUUAGGCUUCUACCAGGAACAUCUUCCUGUGUGAGAGCCACGCUCCACCAAGAUGUUCCAGUGGACAAUAUGGCUUCUGUAGGUUAGAAGAAUUAAGACUUUACUUACUGUAUGGAAUUCCUCCACUUGUGCAUAAUGCUGAACCAAAAAUCCCAGGACGUCGCCAUGCCGGACGGCAUUGUCAAAGUCCUGUUCAGCCAGGAGCAGCUCACACUGCCUGACUGCUUCCUUAGGGUCUUCAGGGUAAACUCUAGGAAAGGGGAAAAGGAAGUGUCACAGCCCAAGGAGAGCAUUCAGCUUAUCCAGACAAGGACAGGGAAGAGUUUUUGCUGCAUAAGUUUUCAUGACAGAAGCCAAAACAAAACCCAGAAAUGCCCCUUGUCCUGGGGCUGAUUGGCCAGUGUGGGCAGCAAGGGAUGCCUGCCCUGCUCAGAUGAGACCCCCACCUGCAGAGUUCCCUCCAGCCCUGGGGUUCCAGCACAGGCAGGAUAUGGAGUUGCUGAAGCAAGUCCAGAGGAGAGACCAUAAAGGUGUUCCAAGGGCUGGAGCCCCUCUGGAGCCAGGCUGGGAGAGCUGGGGGUGUUGAUCUGGAAAGAAGGCUUCAGGGAGACCUCAGAGCCUCUUCCAGGGCUUAAAGGGGCUCCAGGACAGCUGGAGAGGGACUGGGGACAAGGGCCCUGAGGGACAGGACAAGGGGGAAUGGCUUCCCACUCACAGAGGACAUGGUUAGAUGGGAUAUUGGGAAGGAAUUGUUCCCUGGGAGGGUGGGCAGGCCCUGGCACAGGGUGCCCAUAGAAGCUGUGGCUGCCCCAUCCCUGGAAAUUUUCAAGGCCAGGUUGGAUGUAGCUUAGAAGAACAUGGGGUAGUGGAAGGUGUUCCUGCCUAUGGCAGGCUUUUGGAACAAGAAGGUCUUUAAAGUCCCUUCCCACCCAAACCAGUCAGUGAUUCUGUGAUUUUAUGAUAAUCACCUUUCUGGCUACACCUCCCUUGGUCUAUAUCCUUCUCUUUCAGGUUACCUUUCCAUCUUUAUUGCAACAUUUUAAAUGCACUUUUAAAAGUCACAUUUUGAUUUCCCUCCUAGAAAAAUGUAUCAGCAGCUUUUUUUUUUUUUUUUUUUGCAGCAAGCUGCAAAUUUCUUAUUAAACUUCAGGUGCUGUUACAACUU